GUAGACAGUAAAUUCGACCAUUCAACAUGGCGGCCUUGUAGAAUGAUCUGUUAUUCUGUGUAGCCACACUCUUUUGUCAUUUUACACACUGUCACGCUCAAGAGGUACCUGACACUGCAUUUGUUUCCAAAUGAUUUAACCACAUUGGACAAUAUUAUUUGCUUCUUUCAUGUGGUGAAUUGAUUAUCAACGCGGAUUUCCGAUUUUUUUCAGGCUCCAUGUGUGGCGGUGUUUUGAAGAAUAGUGGCUACAGCCUUUUGGAGAGAAGGAGAUACGCUUGCAUGUGCACUGUCGCCAGUUGAGGUUUUACCUGUCGGUAUAAAUCUCUGCCAACAUCUGGAAUGAAAAUGGCUGAUACUGGGACUAGACGACGCGUUAAGCUUUAUAUGCUAAACGAAGAUCGCCAGUGGGACGAUCGAGGAACAGGGCAUGUGUCGUCAGGCUACGUUGAAAGGUUGAAAGGAAUGUCUCUUUUAGUUAGAUCUGAGACUGAUGGUUCAUUACUGCUGGAGUCUAAAAUACAACCCGAUACAGCCUAUCAGAAACAACAGGAAACUCUUAUUGUUUGGUCUGAGGCAGAAAAUUAUGACCUUGCUUUAAGCUUUCAGGAAAGGGCUGGUUGUGAUGAAAUUUGGGAAAAAAUUUGUCAGGUUCAGGGCAAAGAUCCUUCAGUGGAUAUAACUCAAGACGUUGUGGAAGAAUCUGAAGAUGAGCGCUUUGAUGACAUGCCUGAUGCAGCUCCCCCUAUUGAGUUGCCUCCGUGUGAUUUAAGCAAACUCGAGGAGAUCUCAGAACUGUUUAACAACGUGCUUCCGUCGCCUAUACGGCGAGAGAAACUCUCAGUAGCAAUAGAAACUGAAAAUUACAUUAAAAAACUUAUAGAUUUAUUUCAUAUGUGUGAGGACCUUGAUAACAUUGAUGGAUUACAUCACCUUUAUGACAUUUUUAAGAGUAUCUUUUUGCUUAACAAAAAUGCUCUUUUUGAGAUCAUGUUUGCUGAUGACAUUAUAUUUGAUGUUGUUGGUAUUUUAGAAUAUGACUCUUCUCUAUCUCAGCCAGCUAGACAUAGAGAGUACUUACAAAAUACAUCGCGGUUCAAAGAAGUUAUACCCAUCACAAAUACAGAAUUGCGGAACAAAAUCCACCAAACUUACAGAGUACAGUAUAUCCAGGAUGUGAUAUUACCAACACCUUCAGUUUUUGAAGAAAAUAUCUUGUCAACAUUAAGUUCCUUCAUAUUUUUCAAUAAAGUAGAAAUUGUUACAAUGAUACAGGAAGAUGAAAAAUUCUUAAAUAGUUUAUUCACUCAACUUACUGAUGAUGAAACAGAUGAUGAAAAAAGAAGAGAAUUAGUUCUUUUCCUUAAAGAAUUUUGUACAUUUUCUCAAACAUUACAACCACAAAACAGGGACUCCUUUUUUAAGACUUUAUCUAAUCUUGGAAUUCUGUCAGCUAUUGAAAUUAUUUUGGGAUUAGAUGACGAGCAGAUGAAAACAGCAGCCAUUGACAUAUUUUCCUAUAUAGUGGAGUUCAGUCCGUCCAUGGUUCGUGAAUUCAUUCUUCUGGAAGGACAAAGUCAAGAUGAUGAAGACUUACUAAUCAACUUGGUCAUCGAACAGAUGAUCAAUGAUACGGAUCCAGAAUUGAAAAGAAAGAGAUGUCUCAAGAGUUCACGCCAGCCGUUAAAUCAUUUGUUGGUCAGUAGAUGGGAAUUGGGUGGCGCAAUGCAGUUGAUGGCUAUCAUAAGAUUAUUGAUUGAUCCCGAGAAUAUGCUUGCCACAGCCAAUAAAACUGAAAAAACUGAAUUUCUUAGUUUUUUCUAUAAACAUAGUAUGCAUGUAUUGACUGCUCCGUUAUUUGCUAACACUACAGACAAUAAACCUAGUAAAGAUGAUUAUCAAACUGCUCAACUUCUGAGUCUUAUAAUGGAGUUACUUUCAUUUUGUGUUGAACACCAUACGUAUCACAUCAAGAAUUAUAUCAUUAGCAAGGACCUUCUACGGAGGGUUCUUGUCUUACUGAAGUCCCAGCAUGCUUUUCUAGCCUUGUGUGCCUUGCGAUUUAUGAGAAAGAUAAUUGGCUUGAAAGAGGAAUUUUACAAUCGUUACAUCACUAAGGGAAAUCUAUUUCAACCUGUUGUAGAUGCCUUUAAUGCUAAUGGUGACAGAUAUAACCUGCUGAACUCUGCCAUGAUUGAAAUGUUUGAGUUUGUGAAAAUGGAGGAUAUCCGAUCUCUUUGCACAAACAUUGCUGAAAAUCACAUUAAAGAUCUAGAAAAUGUUAACUAUGUAAAUACAUUUAAAUCUUUAAAACAUCGGUAUGAGCAGCAACAGGAUAGAAUUAGAGAAAAAUCAGCAACUGAAAGCAUGCCAUCUAUCCUUCGUAACAGCCGUUUCCGUCGUGAUGAACGAGCACUUGAUGAAGAGGAAGACAUGUACUUUAAUCAAGAUGAUGAUCUUGAUGAUGGAGAGAGUAUUGUUCCUAUGGGAGACAUCUUAAAGAAUAAGCUGGAUCCAGACUUUGAUCAGAUCAGUCGGUUUAUUGAAAAUAAAAGAGCCAAAGAGCAAUCUGAAUUAACAAAAGAUUGUCCUAUAAAGCUCCAUAACAAAACAUCUGCAAUAAGCAUUAAUAUCAAAAGUAGCAGUCCUGUUUCAAGUCCAGGCAGUCCUAAAAGUCCUGGAAGCCCUACAAGCCCUAAAAGUCCGGGUAGUCCUGGAAGAACAAGUUCUGGCAUUACUUCCAAUACAGGCAUUUCACCAAGUGAAGAGAAGUCAGUUGUUACCAGAAAGCCUGGUUUGAUAGGAGGAUUAGUGGAUUAUCCAGAUGAAGAUUCUGAUGAGGAUGAAGAGGAGGAGGAAGAGUCAGAAGUCACUGCGCCAUCAUCUAAACGGCCACGAUUGGCGACAUAAAAAUAAAAAUUUUGACUGGUAUUUGCUGUGUAAUGAUUGUUGGCUGAAGUGGAUAAAAUGAAUAAAAAUGAACCUUAUGAUAGAGAAAAUACAGAUGAAUGGCCGUAAAGAUAAUCUUGUUUCUAUGGACCAGCAGCAGAUAUUUAGUCAGUUGAAUAUUUUAACUGGCUCUGGUAGUAAGAAGGUACCUCAAUGCAGCAAUUAGCAUUCCGCUUUCUAAAUUCAUGAUGUCAACUAUAACAUCCAAAUUACCCAUUCAUGCAGACAUCUUUCUAGUUCAUCAGUUAUCAAUUUGUAGCCACUGUCAAAUGGGACUGUAUCCUCAAACUAGAUAUUGAAUGGAAAUAAUUUUUUAAAAAAAUUUUCAAGGUGGGGGUAUAAAGUAAAAUGAAAAAAAAAAAAAAGAAGCAGCUCAUGAAUUGAACUCUCUCUGCUGGAUGUUUUUU